UACUAAAUGCUACUUAUAUCUUCUCAAAAAAAAAGGGAAAAAAAGACACAUUUUAUAAUGACUAUUAAAUAAUGUCAGUUGUGAUAAGACCUUUUGUUGUGGAAGUCAGUAUAUUUAAUAUUUAUUUCAGCCACUUUGACUUGUGAGAGUUAUUCAUAGCUAUUGUGAGAACAGAAAAAUGGGCUUGAUUAUGUUAUUUUAUUCAUGCAACAUUCAAGGUGCUCCUGUAACAUGACAAUUUUACACCGGUAGUUCAUGUUAGGACUUAUUUUAAAAUCCUGAAAUGAAUUCUAAAAGACAUAUUACUCAAAAAGUACUAAAUGAGGUCAGUUAAGUAGUUAAAGGUAUAGUUCACCCAAAAAUAAAAAAAAGUCAUCAUUUACUCACCUCAUGUUGUCCCAAAAAUUGUGUGAAUUUCUUCCUUCUUCAGAACACAAAAGAUACUUUGAAGAAAGUUUCAACUGUAUUUGUCCACACAAUGAACAUCAAUGGGGUCCAGAAUUGCACUGUUUAGUUCAAAGUUCCUUUGGACGCUGUAGCUCACAAAUAUGAGGGGGCCCACAAUAUAACCCUGUGAAGCCUCAGAUUGAACUGACUUUAAUUUUACGGACAAACAAACAAACAAACAAUUUUUUUUUAAUCUUCUUUUGUGUCCCAUAUAAAAAAGAAAGUUUCAUUAACCGGUUAACACUACCAUAACACUAAGCAGUGGGUGGGGUGGAAGUCCAGAGUCUAAGGAUAAUAUAAAUGUGUUUACUACUUGUGAACUGCAAAACCAUAAAAAUCUCAUACCUUUCAGAACCAGCGGUCGCAUCUGAUCUCCUUUUCAUUAAAGAUCUCUUCUCUAGAAAACUGAGUAAAUUGCAAACCUUCAGCACUCAGAAUAAAAGAAUAUAUAGAAUGUCCUCAGAGGAUCUCAGCAUGCUAAGACCCACAUUUUACCCUUGGUCCUAUUCCAAGGACAUCUUUGGAUCUGCCACUGUACAAAUGGGGCUUGUUGGAAAUGAAAAGGUUACCAUGCAAACCUUGAAUGAACGUCUUGUUUCGUACUCGGAGAAAGUUAGGAGCUUGGAGGAGGCCAAUAGUGAGCUGGAGGUGAAAAUCCGCCAGGUUCUGGAAAAAAAAGAUCCAGACACUAAGGACUACAGUCACUACCAAGCCACCCUUGAUAAACUACGCAAAGAGAUUCUGGUGAUGGUUAAGAGCAAUGCAAAUGUGAGUCUUCAAACUGACAAUGCCAAGUUGGCUGCCAAUGACUACAGGGUCAAGUAUGAAAAUGAACUGCAUCUAAGACAAAAUGUUGAAGCUGACAUAAAUGCAUUGAAAAAGAUGCUGGAUGACACCAAUGUGGCACGACUGCAUCUGGAAAAUGAUGUUGUAGGAAUGAAAGUGGCUGAGUUAAAGAAACAACAUCAAAUGGAAGUGUCAGAACUAUAUAGUCAAAUCAACCAGUCAGGAGUGGAGGUGGAUGUAGAUGCUCUCAAGGGACAGGAUGUGGCUAAGAUCAUGGAGGAGAUGAGAGCCAAGUAUGAAAAUAUCGUCCUAAAGAACCAGGAGGAACUGAAAAUUUGGCAUGAAUCAAAAAUCUCCUUGAUACAGGUUCAAGUGACCGAGAACACGGAAGCAUUGAAAGAAGCCAAAACACAAGUCAGCGUGAGCCACAGGCAGAUGCAGACUUUGGAAACAGAGCUGCAGACUCUGAUUGGAAGUAGAGCACCUCUGGAAGAAGCCCUUAAUGAAACAAAGUUGUGAUAUGGGAUGCAGGUGGAGCAAUAUAAUGGCAUAAUUUUGCUGAGAGAGUCUGAGCUUAAACAAAUGCGUGACAACAUUCAAAGUCAGACACUGGAGUAUCAGGCCCUGUUCAACAUCAAGAUGGUGCUGGAAGCUGAGAUAGCCACCUACAGGAGACUUCUGGAUGGAGAAGAACAUGAGUGACCUUUAUACUUUUUGUAACAUACAUUUCGACCAUGCCUGUUUCUUCUUUAGAAACCUUCAUAUUGAUGUUAAUAAAAUAUUUUACAGAUUAAGAAUCC